AUGAAGCUGACGCAGGUGCUGUCGCAAGCGCACGCGACAGCUGGUUACAAUCGCAACAAGUUCCUCGUUUUCGCGCUGCUGUGCACCAACUGCUUCACCCUCGUCACUCUCUACGGCACCGUCCCCCGGUUUUCCGGGACUCUGGAUAUUGACGACGCCGCUGACGUGGAUCUGCGCAGCAGCAGCGGCGGGGAAGGGCGCGGAGGGGAAAGCGCAUGGGGGGAGGAAGGGGGUGGCGCGCUUGGGACGGGACAGGGGGGGACAUCUGCGCUGCGCCUCUCCAAUGCUACAGACCGCACUUUCAAGCGAGGGUUUGGCAUGCAGGUGAGUCUGUUGGAGCCGGGGAUGGGGCCAGGAAAGGGGGGAAGGAGGGAAGGGGGACAGCUGGGCUGGGGGAGGUUGAAAAGCAGGGGCCAGGGAAAGACGCCUGCGCUGCGCCUCUCCAAUGCUACAGAUCGCACGCUCAAGCGAGGCGCAUACCGCCUCUCUGCAAGCCUCUUUGUGGUGAUUGGCCUCUCUCCUCUGCCUCUGCACCGCAACCUCGAUGCUCGGGUGUGCCGCUGGUAUCCUGCCACGUCAUCCUCCUCCCCUAUCCUUGGCGAAGUCUCGAUAGAAUACCCCGGCGAAUCGCACAGCAAGCCGUAUGAGGUGGCAAUGCUGUUCUGCCAGCUCAGCAGCCCCACCCCCAGCACAAGAGAGCGGGGGCGGAAAGGGGACGGGCGGCGGAGUGCGGGGGGCCAUCUGACGGUUGUGAUCGAACGAGAGGAGAUCUUGGUGCUCGGCGAACCGGCCAAUGAGAAGUUGCCACUCGAGGUGUGUAGGGUUGCGGUGCAGGUGCUUCUAUUGUGCUCCUCCUAUAACGAGGGACGUUGGUCCAGUCCGUUCUAUUCCAUUCCUGCGUGCUUCCUCCCUCCUCUCCCUCUCCCAUUCCCCAUCUACCAACGCAGCCACAGCAUAGACCCUUUCUCCCUCCACACCCUCUCCCUUCCACCCUCCUCUCCCUUUCUCCCCCAAGCCAACCCCCAGCCGUCAGCCCCCUACCACAGCAACAUCACCUACUACUCCUCGCCCAUCUAUGGCCAGUUCAACUCCCUCAGAGUCCUCGAGUGGGUGGUAUACCGAUAG